CGACCCCACGUCUGUCCCGUGUCGGUAUCCCUAACUUGAAACCGACUCGCUCUUUCAGUUUUAGAACAGUGCUGCAGAGCCUGUAAAAAACUAGGGUUUAUCAUUUUCCUUCUGUGAAGGGAAGACACCUUCUCUGUAGCCAUGCCGCAAGGAGAUUACAUCGACCUUCACCGCAAGCGCCAUGGAUACCGCCCCGAUCACUUCGAACGGAAGCGGAAGAAGGAAGCUCGAGAAGUCCACAAGCGUUCCGCUUUCGCUCAGAAGGCUCUUGGUAUUAAGGGGAAGAUGUUUGCAAAGAAACGCUAUGCGGAGAAGGCUCUGAUGAAGAAAACGCUUGCUAUGCAUGAUGAAUCAUCAACGAGGCGCAAAGUGGAUGAUAAGGUUCACGAAGGUGCUAUUCCUGCAUAUCUCCUAGAUCGUGAAACAACAACAAGGGCAAAGGUUCUUAGCAACACUAUAAAGCAGAAGAGGAAAGAGAAAGCUGGCAAAUGGGAGGUUCCAUUGCCCAAGGUCAGACCUGUGGCCGAAGACGAAAUGUUCAAGGUUAUUCGGACUGGUAAAAGGAAAACCAAGCAAUGGAAAAGGAUGGUCACUAAAGUCACAUUUGUGGGACCGGGAUUUACUAGAAAACCUCCAAAAUAUGAGCGGUUCAUUCGUCCAACCGGUUUGCGUUUUAACAAGGCCCACGUGACACACCCAGAGCUGAAAUGCACUUUCAAUUUAGAGAUAAUUGGAAUAAAGAAAAAUCCAAAUGGUCCGAUGUACACUUCUCUAGGCGUCAUAACCAAGGGAACUAUAAUAGAGGUGAAUGUGAGCGAACUUGGUCUAGUUACACCAGCCGGAAAAGUAGUGUGGGGGAAAUAUGCUCAAGUUACAAAUAAUCCAGAGAAUGAUGGUUGUAUAAAUGCUGUUCUGCUUGUCUAAGAUCCUUACUAUGCACAGCAACGUCCUUUGUAAGAGCUGUUUGAGCUGAUCUUGAACAGCGAGCUUUUUGACCCACCUUAAUCUUGAUCAAAUGUGAGGAAACAUUAUAUAUUAUAAACUGAGACACAUCUGUUUGAUUUUGAA